AUGAAUUUAUUACCAAAAGCAGUUGAUGAAUUUCGUAGUCGUGACUAUUGGGAUCAAUUUUUUGAUAAAGUUGGUCAAGAAGCUUUUGAAUGGUAUUCAGAUUUUAUUGAUUUAGCCAAUGUACUAUGCAAAUAUAUAAAAUCUCGUGAUGAAGUAUUAGUUAUUGGUUGUGGUAAUUCAACAUUAAGUAAUGAUUUAUAUGAUACAGGUAUUGAACAUAUAACAAAUAUUGAUUUAUCGGAUAAAGUUAUAAAACAAAUGAAAAAACAAAAUGAAACAAAACGUUCUAAUAUGAAAUGGUUACAAAUGGAUGCACGAAAAAUGAUAUUUGAUGAUAAUCAAUUUAGCGUUGUAUUAGAUAAAGGAACUAUUGAUGCAUUAAUGUCAAAUAGAAGUGAACAAGUUGUUUCAGAUAUUGAUCAAAUUCUUCAACAAGUUGAUCGUGUUCUUCGUAUGACAGGUCGUUUUAUAUGUAUAACACUUGCUCAAAAACAUAUUCUUGAACAUGUAUCACAAUAUUUUUUUAAUAACAAAUCAUGGCUUCUUCGUUAUCAUCAUAUUCAAACAAGUAAAUCAUUUGCAUUACCAGUUUUUGCAUUUGUUUUUACGAAAAUUACAAUGAAAAAUCCAUUAAUCGAAGUUCAAUUAUACAAUAAUGUGGAUACUAAUUGGCUUCGAUUUAAUGAUUUAUCAGAAGCAAUGAAUGCUAUACAGCAAUGCCAAAUGACAUGUUUUAAAAAAUAUGAUUUUAAACAAAAAUUUGUAGCUGGUAGUGAAACACCUAGUAUAGAUUUAUAUGUAGAAAAUAAUCAAACAAAACGACGAUAUCAAAUGAUUAUUGUUAAUAGUCUUACAAAAUAUCGAAAUAAACCAUUUGCUGCAUUCAUAGUACCUAAAUCAAGAAAUCUUGAUUGGUUGUAUUCAACACCAGCUGGUCGACAACAAAUAAUUGCUAAUGCAAAAUAUACAACAAUAGCAUUUAUAUAUUUACAAUCUGAUGAAGAAUAUCGUGAUCUUGAACAAAUAAAAUGUGAAAUGACAAAUGCUGUCGUUGAUUUUAAACCAGUUAAUUUACCAAAUAAUUUUCAGGUUAUUCCUUUCUUAUCAUCAUCGGAAGGUGUUGGACAAGUAAUAAUUCGUGAACGAUCAUCAUCAUUCAUUAUCGAAGAUUGUCUUUAUGGAAAUGAUAAUGAAUGGAAACGACGUCUUCGUUUUGAUGCUAGUCCAAAUCUUAUUCAAAGUGAAAUUAAUUUGAUUGCAAAUAAAGAAACAAAUGAUUAGAAUUCUCAACCGAAUGGUAAUUGGCUUUUAAUUGGUCUUGGUGGUGGUGUAUUAACAAUGAAAUUGAUUCGAGCUUUUCCAAAAAUACAUUUAACAGGUGUCGAUAUUGAUAGUGAAAUGAUUCGAAUAGCUAAAACAUGGUUUGGUCUUGAUGAUAGUCUAACAAAAUGUGUAAUUGAUGAUGGUAUUAAAUAUCUUCAACGACAAGUAGAAGAAAAAACAAUUUAUGAUUUGAUUAUUUUCGAUGUGAAUAAUGAUGAUAGUCAAAGUCCAUUACGUUGUCCACAUCCAGCAUUUCUUGAUAAUGAAAUAUUAAAAAAUGUUAAAACAUUACUUUCAGAUCAUUCCGGUAUAUUUGUAUUAAAUUUUGCUUCACGUGAUGAUACAAAUCAAGAACGUGAGAAUUGUUUAAAACAUUUAUUAACAAAUUUUGAUCAUCUAUCAUCAAUUAAAUUAGAUGAUGAUAUUAAUGAAAUAAUGUUUGCUAGUAAACAAUUAUUAUUAUUAAAUACAAAAUCGUCGGAAAAAAUUUUUCAACAAAAUUUCUCAAUGGAUUUUGAUAUUGAGGAAUUAUUAUCGAAAGUUAAAAUUGAAAAAUAA